AUGCCUAACGAUAAAGAAACUUUUCCCACGCCAGGUUCUACCGAUGACGCGAAAUCUGCUGUCAGCAACGAAAAAACUUCCAAGCUCGUUCCAGCCUUAGAUCCUCCUACAAUCUUCAACCAAGCA